UGGCCACCUCUUGCUCUGGCGAGAGCGCCGACUCCGUGAGAGCUGACUCCGCCGUACGUUUUGUGGCCCGGAUUCGGAUGCUCAUCUCAUCGCCGUCGGAGGCGCCGUCGCUUUUCACUUUCAGUUUGUCGUGAGCAUUUGAACUCGGAGCAGCGCCCCCAGAGCCCACAGCGGGACGCAGUUGUGCCACAAAGUUUUGUGGCAAUCGUGCGUGCAGGCAAUAGAAAAGCCAGAAAAGAAAAAAUAGCCACAGAAAGGAAAGAAAAGGAGAGCUGGCAAAAAAGUUCCAAAGAAGCUACAAGCUGAAGCAAGCAGAGAGCAAAAAUGUACAAGAAAUGUUUAUUAAAAUAGUGUGGAGGCGAGUUUGGUGCGGCUAACGGAACGACGAAGCAAGUGUAAGAGGCGACAAGUGUAAAAUUGCUGCUGCACAACGAAACUUAGAUAGAGUACACACAUAGGAAACAUUUCAUAUCCCCGCGGCGAACAAUAAAACAAGAAGAGCCAGAACCAGCAGCAGCAGCAGCACCAGCAGAGACAGAGGCAGUGGGAAGCAGAAGCAGAAGCAACAACAACUACAAUAAGAGCAAAAAUGACAGCAAUAAGUUUAAGCAAUAAAACCCUGCUUGGCAAGCAGUUCAAAAAUGCACGCAUCACAUUAUAAGCAGACCUCAAGGAUAAGCAAGAAGAAGAGCAAAAGCAAAAGCAGAACCAAGAGCAAAGUGGAGGCCGAAUCCGAGACCGACGAAGAGCUGGACAACAGAAAAAAAGCUUUAAUUUAGGAGUUAAUCAUAUAUAAAAAAGAGAGAGAACGAGAGAGAGCGAGUACGAGAGCGAGUGACGUGCUCCCGCUCUUCAAGCCCCCUCCCCCGCCAUCAUCCGAACAAACUCAACUGCCAAAACAACAUAGGAGAUAACCCUGAAAACGGAUAACAGUACAGGACGAUAAAGAGCAGAGGGCAAAGGAAAAAAAAAAGGAAGAGAGAGAGACAGCCCGCGAGAGCCACCCACUUUUGAACGACAACCGGGACACUGAAACAUUCCACCCAAUAGCAUGGCCUCGGUCGCCGCUUGGCUUCCCUUUGCACGGGCGGCGGCCAUCGGUUGGGUGCCGAUAGCCUCCCUUCCACUGCCACCGCCCCCCGUGCCCAAGGACCGACGCAAGACGGACGACGAGAAGCUGCUGAUCAAUGUAUCCGGCCGCCGUUUCGAGACCUGGAGGAACACCCUCGAGAAGUACCCGGACACGCUGCUCGGCUCCAAUGAGCGGGAGUUCUUCUACGAUGAGGACUGCAAAGAGUACUUCUUCGACCGGGAUCCGGACAUAUUCCGCCACAUACUCAACUACUAUCGGACGGGCAAGCUGCAUUAUCCCAAACACGAAUGCCUCACCAGCUAUGACGAGGAGUUGGCCUUCUUCGGCAUCAUGCCGGACGUGAUUGGUGACUGCUGCUACGAGGAUUAUCGGGACCGGAAGCGAGAGAAUGCCGAACGCCUCAUGGACGACAAAUUGUCGGAGAAUGGGGAUCAGAACCUGCAGCAGCUGACCAACAUACGGCAGAAGAUGUGGCGUGCCUUCGAGAAUCCGCAUACGUCGACCAGUGCCCUGGUCUUCUACUACGUCACCGGCUUCUUCAUCGCCGUCUCUGUGAUGGCCAAUGUGGUGGAGACGGUGCCGUGCGGACACAGGCCGGGUCGAGCCGGCACAUUGCCGUGCGGCGAGCGCUACAAGAUCGUCUUCUUCUGCCUGGACACCGCCUGUGUGAUGAUCUUCAGCGCCGAGUAUCUGUUGCGGCUCUUCGCCGCCCCCGAUCGCUGCAAGUUUGUGCGCUCCGUGAUGAGCAUCAUCGAUGUGGUGGCCAUCCUGCCCUACUAUAUUGGUCUGGGCAUCACCGACAACGAUGACGUUAGCGGUGCCUUUGUGACGCUGCGUGUCUUCCGCGUCUUCCGCAUCUUCAAGUUCUCCCGCCACUCGCAGGGUCUCCGCAUCCUUGGCUACACGCUCAAGUCGUGCGCCAGCGAGCUGGGCUUCCUCGUAUUCUCACUGGCCAUGGCUAUCAUCAUAUUUGCCACCGUCAUGUUCUAUGCCGAGAAGAAUGUGAAUGGCACAAACUUCACAUCGAUUCCGGCUGCCUUCUGGUACACCAUAGUCACCAUGACGACGCUGGGCUAUGGCGACAUGGUGCCGGAGACAAUAGCUGGAAAAAUAGUGGGCGGCGUGUGCUCGCUUAGCGGUGUGCUUGUCAUCGCCUUACCUGUACCUGUUAUCGUAUCGAACUUUAGUAGAAUCUAUCACCAGAAUCAGCGCUCGGACAAGCGCAAGGCGCAGCGGAAAGCUCGCUUGGCGCGCAUUCGCAUUGCCAAGGCCUCGUCCGGAGCUGCCUUUGUUAACAAGAAGAAGGCCGCCGAGGCCAGAUGGGCGGCCCAGGAGUCGGGCAUUGAGCUGGAUGACAACUAUAGGGAUGAGGAUAUCUUUGAGCUGCAGCACCACCAUUUGUUGCGAUGUCUGGAGAAGACAACGGAUCGAGAAUUUGUCGAGUUAGAUACACCCUAUAAUGGACAGCCGAAGCGACCGGGCUCGCCCUCGCCCAUGGCCAGUCCCGCCCACUCGACGCACAGUGCUGCCGGCCUGCUGCAGUCCUGCUGCGGUCGCUGCUGUUCCCAGCGCUAUCAGGCCUGCGGCAAGUAUAUGCCAGCUGCCAGCAAUGCUCAAAACAGCCAAAACAAUCAGCCCAUGGAUGGCACCUACCUGGUGGAGGCCUCAUUCUGAGCCAGCAGACGGCCAACCCUCAGCAUCAGUAUCAGCAUCAGCAUAAGCAUAAGCAUCAGCAUCUGCCACAUUCGCAUCUGCAUCCGCAACCGCAACCGCAUUCACAUCAAAAUCCAAAUCAAGAUCAAGUUGAUUUAUGUUUAGUCUAACUUGAAAAGUUUUUAAACUAAAUUGAAAUUGAAUUCGUUCGUAGACAUUGUCCUGUACGUACGUGUGUGUGUAUGUAGUCGCCAAAAAGAUAAAAAAGAAACCCCAAACUAAUACUAAAAUCGAAACACAAGUGUAAUCUCUAAAAUCUGAUUUUCGAGUUUAACGUACAAGAUAUUUAAUUAACGAUAAACAUUGGCGGAUUCAAGUGCAAACAUCUCUAAAUGUGUAAAAUGUAAAAAAGCACAUUAAAAACCAAAUAACAAAUAGCAAAUAACAAAUAAAAUAAAAGUGCCGACCGAACCCGAGUUUCUGAAGGCGGCCCAGUCGGAUUUGAUUAGCGAGGACCCGUUAAUAAAUUAGAUAAACCGAAUAAUAAUAAUUAUAAUAAUAAUAAUAAUAUAUGCAACACUAUUUACUUUAUAUAGGUGACAAGAAAACAGCAAAAAGAAACAACAGAAACCGAAGCAUUUUAGAGGAAUUUACCGUGUAUGUUUUAAUAAAGUGAACAUAAAUAAUAGCAUAGAAUUGCAAACAAAUACCCAAGGGAUUGCAUACCAAAUAGGAGAUCAAAUGCCAGUGAAAGUAUAGGGGGAGGGUGGAGGAAACUCAAGCAAAGUAGCAUGGGGUCCAAAAACAAAAAAGACAAAAAAAGAACACAAUAAACAGAUUUUAACAGCCAAUGAUUUGUGUAGCAAAGGAAACGAAUAAAAUAUAGAAGACAGAAUAGAACGAAAGAACAAAGGAAAGUAGGAAAAGGAGGAAAUUAUAUAAAUAUAUUAUUACAAAUUUGUGUAUUUUUUAAAUGGUCCGUAGUUUAGUAGGUAUGAUCUUCGUCUUCAUCGGCUAUACCCUAUAUGGUUUCUCAUCAGCAAACUUUAAACUCAAACUGAAAUACUCUUCCGUUUCGUGUAAUUUGUUCCCCAUUUAUACUAUAUAGCAAAAAGGUUUCAGUUUUUCAUCUAUCCCUCUUCAUGAUAAUGUCAUAAAUGAACUAAUCAAAAUUUAUUGAAAUUAAACAAUGAAUGAUGAACUUUCUUCCAAGAACUAAAUUAGCAAAGGAAACCCCUAUUUAAAUGUAUAUGUACAUGUGUGUGUGUGUGUGUGUGUAGGACAGGCUUUAAAGAAUUGGAGCAUUAACUAACUAAAAGAACUCUUAGCAAAUUCUAACAGAAACUCAAAGUAUAUUAAUUAAUUCUAAAUUACAAAUCAAACAUUUAAAAUUAGUUCAAGUAAACAAAUUACAAAAAAGAAAAAAACAACAUAAAUAUGGAGCUUGUAUGUAUGUAUUAUAAAUUUAUUAUGAUUACUCUAAUUAUGAAGUUUAUGAUGAUGGUUAAUAAUUUUUUCAAAACUCUCUAAGUUGCCUGCUAAUUUCUUAACCAAACAAAAACAAUGCAAAGGAAACUUUUAAAAAACUCCAAAGUAAAAUGAAUUUUUGUUUAGCAAAUAACGAAAUUUGUGCAGAAACAACACACACAAAGGAAAAACGAUUACACGAUAAGUCGAAAACUAACAAAAACAAGAAGAGGAAGAACAAACAAACACACACAUUUGGUUACUAAAACCAACUCUCGUAGCGAUAUUCUAAAAGAAAAACCAAUCUAUUAAGUAAAGGAAAACGGAGAGGAAAUCAAUAGGAAGAAAUUAUUUCUUUUCUGUUUUGAUUUUUAGUGAUAUGUAAUUCGAAAAAAAAAACAAAACAAAAACAAAUAUUCUGCCACGGGUCUCCGAGAAUGGAAAAGCUAAAAAUUAAUAAUAAAAUAAAUAAAGAAAUCUGUUUACUUCCACCAAACAAAGCGAACCCUCUCGACUAUAUACUAUACCCCUUUGACUCUCCCAUACACAGACAUACACACACACACCUCACAAUGCUAUAUAAAUAUCAUAUUUUGUUCGCUCUCGGAGACAACGCCUAGAUUCGACUCCAGGGGGAGAGACAACAAUCCGACGACAGCAGCCAAUCGAAUGGCAAAAGUAACGGAAAUUCCCACCAUACAUCAUCGGCUAUAUAAAAACAAAAACAAAACAAAAACUAACCCAGCGCCCAGAGAGAUCAUCGUCAGUGUAUACUAACUAAAGAGUGUACGACUACUCGUACUGCCAAGAACGUGUGAGUAUAGGUCUACGUGGAGGUUUCACUGCUGUCUAUGCCGGGGCCAGGUCGUUUCGUUAUACGAUAUACGGAUCGUGUGAGUCGGCUGGGGCAAUUUGCGUUCUGGCGCAGGCGCUGGCGCUGGCCCCCAAAGCCGAGCCGAACAGAUGUUGUGCGGCGAGUGGCGGCUGCGAUAACCGGGCAUAUGGCCCAAACUAAUUUGCAUAGCCGUUGUUAGUCAUACGAGUACGGGUACGAGUCCAUGUGCCUAUGAGCCAUGUGUCGAACGCUUUGAACUUCAACUUGGCAUCGAAAGUGAGUGAAGAUCUUCUCAGGGGGGAAACCUUCAACUUUUCUAAAAGCUCAUCUGCUUGGGUGUCUGCAGUGAUCUGUUAAGUAUGGGCAAAUAUUAUAAUUCGAUUAAAUAUGCUUUUAUUUUACAU